AUGUCUAUACCCAACAGGACUGUGUAUCAAGAUAACCAACGAUCUGCUAAUAUCUAUCCAGUAGAAAAUAGACCAGUUCUUCAGUCGUUUAACCGAUCACCUUCUCCAUAUUCAUAUAGACAAGCACCAGACCCAGUAGAUAAUCGCCAAAUAAAAAUAGUUAGAUAUGUUCCUUUGUCGAAAGGUCCAUCGACAGACGAUAAGUCUUCUCAAACGCUUGAUGAUCUAGAUUUGGAAAGGCAACAGUCUAUGGUCAUUCAGUCAAGUGGUGCCCGAAACGUUUCCUCGUCAAAUAAUUACUUUUCAGAUUCUCGAAACCUUCGCAGAUACAAAUCAGCUAAUUCAUUUUCAUCAUCUGAAUGGCGUGAACCAGUGAAACCGAUAACUACUAUUACACCGAGGCAAUCAAGUAUCUCUUUAGCACCACCAGCAAGGAAAGAAAGGGAAAUCAUCUCUAUCAAUGAUGACGAUGACAGUAUGAAUAAAAAUAAAGAUUUAUACGAACCAGAAGUAUGCAUAAAAAAGAAGCUUUCACAUGGUGCUAAACAUUUAAUUUACAUUACACAUGGAAGAGAUUCACCUUGA